AUGGUUUCGGACAAAUAUAUCGGAUUGGCGCUUGCCAUUCUGUCAACCAUGGCUAUUGGUAGUAGUUUCGUAAUCACUAAAAAGGGCCUAAUGGAUGCUUCUAAUAGACAUGGAUUUGAGGGAGAUGGGUUUUCAUACUUAAAGAGUCCGAUCUGGUGGGGCGGAAUCACAACAUUGGUUCUCGGAGAAAUCGCAAAUUUUGCAGCAUAUGCCUUUGCGCCUGCGAUUUUAGUUACCCCAUUGGGGGCGCUCAGCGUUCUUAUCGGUGCUGUGCUAGGGGCAUAUUUUCUAGGAGAGCGAUUGGGAGUACUCGGAAAGCUUGGUUGUGCUUUGUCAUUACUUGGCUCUGUCAUAAUCGUUCUCCAUGCGCCUCCAGAUGAAGAAAUUGAAACCGUAGAUGAAAUUCUAGAGUAUGCAAUCCAACCAGGUAGGCAUCUUCUUGUCCAUAAGCAAAUUUAUUCAACGACGCUAAGUAUCGACGCAGGUUUCCUUCUUUAUUGCGUGGUGGUUGCCGUAUUUUCAACUGUCAUGAUUUAUCGAGUGGCCCCGAGAUAUGGGAAAAAAAACCCACUCAUAUACAUCUCAAUUUGCUCGACCGUCGGCUCUGUUUCUGUUAUGUCUGUCAAGGCAUUUGGAAUUGCGCUGAAGCUCACUCUGGCUGGCCACAACCAGUUCUCACAUCCAUCUACUUACGCUUUUGCUAUUGUUGUUGUAUGUUGCAUCUUGACACAGAUGAACUAUUUCAACAAGGCUCUAAGUCAAUUUUCGACCUCGAUAGUGAAUCCCUUAUAUUAUGUCACAUUUACGACAGCAACGCUAUGCGCCUCUUUCAUCCUCUUCCAUGGCUUCAACACCACUGACCCUGUCAACACUAUAUCCCUUCUCUGUGGCUUCCUUGUUAUCUUCGCCGGGGUUUACCUACUGAACUUGUCCAGGAGUGACCCAGAUGGCAUUUCACUUGCUGGAAAAACCAACGAGGACGACGGUGUCCCUACCGAUGGAAUUGCGUCAAUUCAAACCCGCUUAUCAUUGCAAAAUCGAAGGAGUAUGGACCGACAUCGACGGAGCUCGUCGAGCAUUGAGUAUUACGGAGGUCCCAGUGACCGUGAAGGACUCAUGCGUUCGUAUGAUGUUGAAUCAGCAGCUUUCGGCCUACAGGAUCUUGCGGAAGAGAGUGAUGACGGACAUCAAGACGACUCGACGCAGAAACGGAACGGCUCUGCGCACCUUCCAACAUCACCAAAGGUUCCCGGCUCAUGA